AUGUCACGGCCCAUGGACGAGGACCGGGCCACGAGCAUGGCGGCGUUUCCUGCGCCCCCCACGCCCACGAAAUCAUUUGAUUGGGAUGCCAUCUCGACGUCCGAGUCCGAAGCGGAGAUGGAGGAUGAGCAGGACGACAAGGGCGCGUCGGCCGCUGAGCCGGGCGGCUCACCCGAGCCCGCCCCUGAGGUCCGCUGCCUAUGGGAAGACUGUGGCGAGACAUUUACCGACCUGCAGCCCUUCAUUGCGCACCUGCACUCUUUCCACAUUGGCAUCCACAAGUCGCGCUAUGCGUGCGAGUGGACGGGCUGCCCCCGCAAAGGCAAGAGCCAGACGUCGCGCUUUGCGCUGCUGAGCCACCUGCGCAGCCAUACCGGUGAGAAGCCGUUUACCUGCCCCCGCCCCGAGUGUGACAAGUCGUUUACGCGCUCCGACGCGCUCGCCAAGCACAUGCGCGUGCAGCACAAUACGCCGCCGGCCGGACAAGCACGCACCAUGUCGGCCAGCGGCGACGGCGACGAGUCGCGCGAUACCAUCCAUGACGAGAUGGCCGACUAUGCCGAGGGCGAGCGCCGCGCGAUGGAGGCCGAGACGGCGUUUGCCGUGCUCAUACAGCGCGCCGCCGAGGACAGCCGGUGGCUAACACCGGCGCAGGAGGCCGUCGAUAUGGAGCAGCUGCUCUCGCACAUGCCAGCGACCGAGCCACCAUCCGAUACGGAGCUCGAGCUGGGCGACGCUGUGCCGGCGCAGGCGCCCAAGGCGUACCUCGUGGCCAAGGCAAAGCUGCAGCAUCUCCUGCAGCGGCGCGAGCAGUGGCUCCAGACCGUGCAGGCGCUGCAAGAGGAGGAGGCGGCUCUUACACGGCAGUGUCGUGAGACGCUCGAUGAGCUUCUGGACCAUGCGUAUGGCCACGACGCCGUGCGGCGCCUCGUUGCGCCAGACAGCGCGCGUUCAUGA